CGGGCGCCCUGCCCGCCGUGACGCUGCACAUCGCACCCGGUGUCGCCGCCGGGGCCGCACCGCCGCCGGGGCCGCUAUGGCGGGCGUGAAGGUGAUCGCGAACGACACCGAGUUCCAGCCCGAGCUGAGCGCCGCCGGCUCCCGCCUGGCCGUGGUGAAGUUCACCAUGAGGGGAUGUGGCCCUUGCUUAAGGAUAGCUCCAGCCUUCAAUGCCCUGAGUAACAAAUACCCCCAGGCAACGUUCUUGGAGGUGGAUGUGCAUCAGUGCCAGGGCACAGCUGCCACCAACAACAUCUCAGCAACCCCCACGUUCCUGUUCUUCCGGAACAAGGUGCGGAUCGACCAAUACCAGGGAGCAGAUGCCGUGGGCUUGGAGGACAAAAUCAAACAGCACCUGGAGAACGACCCUGGGAACAGCGAGGACACAGACAUCCCCAAAGGAUACAUGGAUCUGCUGCCCUUCAUCAACAAGGCCGGGUGCGAGUGUCUCAACGAGAGCGACGAGCACGGCUUCGAGAACUGCCUGCGCAAGGACCCCUCCUACCUGGAGUCCGACUGCGACGAGCAGCUGCUCAUCACUGUAGCUUUCAGUCAGCCUGUCAAGCUUUACUCUAUGAAACUUCAGGGGCCAGACAACGGGCAAGGGCCCAAAUACAUCAAGAUCUUCAUCAACCUGCCGCGCUCGAUGGACUUCGAGGAGGCGGAGCGCAGCGAGCCCACCCAGGCCCUGGAGCUGGGCCCCGAGGACAUCAGGGAGGAUGGCAUCAUCCAGCUCCGCUAUGUCAAGUUCCAGAACGUCAACAGUGUCACUUUGUUUGUCCAGUCCAAUCAUGGUGAUGAGGAGACAACACGAAUCACAUAUUUCACAUUUAUUGGCACUCCAGUGCAAGCCACAAACAUGAACGACUUCAAACGACUUAACUCCCCAUUCCCAAAGAACUAAAAGGGCAGAAGAAAUUAAAAAGUAGUUGGCAAAAAAGGAGAGAGCCACUAGGAAGCAAAGCCACUGGAAGGCCUUAUCCCGGUCCAAGAUUCCCCCUUUUCUCUCUGACUCCUGGAUAAUUGCUUGACCAUAACCAGAGACUGUCAGUCUGAUUUACUGCCAUUUCCAAUAAAUCAUUGCUUUGAGCUGGA